UGGAGGAUUUAGUUGGGCAUCUCGCUCCUAGUGGGUUCCGCCGGAAAGGCGCCGGGCAGGAAGGAAUCCAAGGUUGGGGGCAGCGGCAGGCGAUGGCUUCUGCAGGACUCACAGGCGGUUUCCCAGCUGGUGGGAACCCUUGGCCUUUCGGCCGGAGGACUAGGCAACAGCGGACCUUUCUGGAACAGGUGCUGCUGAGUCCCAAAGGCACUCAGGACUCCACUACAGCUGGAUCUGAAGUGAGUGGGAAGUCUCAGGAGAGGUCCCUGCUGUUGGCCAUUGGUGUCGUCGGCAUCACUAUGAUUCUCAUGAUCCUGAAGCAAAUAAACUUAAAGAAGAAAGGUCGCAUCACUUUACAGGACCCUGAAGCCGAGUACACUCUGCCCUUGAUUGAGAAGGAGCAAAUCAACCACAACACCCGAAGGUUCCGCUUUGGACUGCUCUCACCGGACCAUGUCUUAGGGCUCCCUGUAGGUAACUAUGUCCAUUUCUUGGCCCAAAUGAAUGGUCAAUUGGUAAUCAGGGCUUACACUCCUGUUUCUAGUGAUGAUGAUCAAGGCUUUGUGGACUUCAUUAUAAAGAUAUACUUCAAAAACGUGCACCCCAGGUAUCCUGAAGGGGGAAAGAUGACUCAGUACUUAGAGAACAUGAAAAUUGGGGACACCAUCCUUUUUCGAGGGCCCACAGGGCGCCUGUUCUACCAUGAGCCAGGUUCCCUUAUAGUCAAAGUAGACGAAAUGAAUGAGCCUGAAAACAGACUGUUUCAUCACCUGGGGAUGAUUGCUGGGGGAACAGGCAUUACUCCCAUGCUGCAGCUUAUUCGCCACAUCACAAAGAACACCAGUGAUGGGACCAGGAUGUCCCUUCUCUUUGCCAACCAGACAGAAGAGGAUAUCUUGUUGAGAAAGGAGCUAGAAGAAAUCGCUACAACUCACCCUAACCAGUUCAACGUGUGGUAUACCCUGGACAGGCCUCCUGUUGGAUGGAAGUACAGCUCUGGAUUUGUUACUGCUGACAUGAUCAAGAAGCACCUCCCUCCCCCUGGGGAGGCCACACUCAUCCUAGUGUGCGGUCCCCCACCUAUGAUCCAGGAGGCAGUUCACCCCAGCCUGGAGCAGCUUGGCUAUACCAAGGACAUGAUUUUUACCUAUUAGUAUCCCCCCAUGCUCCAUGGCGGGUCCCUCUCCUCUGUUUCAGAGUGAGUUUGCCUUCACGUUAUUCAACUACAGUAUUGUCUAAGUGCCUCUCCAUGUACCCUUGGGCAUGGUGCUGUUCUGGGUGUGGACGUAAGAAUUCAAAGGAUGGAAGACAAGGUAGUUUUUGAGCUUCGAGGCUUGGAGGCUGGGGAUGAUGCCUUUCUCCAUGGCUUAGUGUAAUAAACUGAACUGCUCUGCA